AUGAAUGAAAACAGUGAGGUAGUGUACCUCGAUACUAUCAAAGAUGAACCAAAGACUGCCGAGGCUAACAGAGUUGUGGAACACCCAGAAGAAGCAGUUUCGUAUGGACAAUUCAAUGUUGAAAAUGGACGACCUAAAAUGAAAUUCAUCACGAGGAAAUAUCGUGAACAUGUAGAGUUACCCUUUUUCAAAGCAUGUAACAUAAUAAUACGAGAGAUGUAA